ACCGUCUUCAUAUGACAAUUCUAACAACAAUUACGUCUCAAUCUCAAACUAAUUGAAUUGCGAAUUCAAUUCUUGAUUAAAGAGAUAUAGAGACAUACCUUUAAUUUUAGUUUCCUUCAUGUGUAAAUCCAAGAAAACACUCAUCAAUGAAGUUAUGGAACCAAACCAUACACAACCAAGAAAAUCAUCAUCUUCUUCUUCUUCAACCACUAGAACUUCAUCAAAGAAAUCAUCAUCAUCAACAACAAAAACACCCCACAAUUUAAUAUCACCAAAUGGAUCAACCCAAAGUUUCAUAAUCAACAAUAAUUCUCAAUCAUGGGCAUCAUCAACAAAAUCAAGUCAUCAUUCAUUAACAAGUCUUAAAGAAUCACUAUUAUUCCAAGAACAACAACAAUCACAUAUCUAUAACUUUCAAGAAAUCCGUUCAGCUACCCAAAACUUUCUAAAAACUCCACUUUCAUCCUCAUCAGCUUCAACUUCAUGGAAAUGCAAUUUACAUAAUCAACAAGUCGUCGUAAUUCAAAGAAAAUUACGACGAUUAAUUGAACCCGAUAUGCUCGUUGGACACGUGGCGAUGAUUUGUAAAAGUCAUCAUUCAAGUUUAAUUCCACUUAAAGGAGUUUCUAUUUCGGGAAACUAUAUUUAUUUAGUGUAUGAAUAUACACAAGGUGUUAAUUUAUCUGAAGCAUUGAGAAACCCUAGAAACCCUAAUUUUACUGUACUUUCAAAUUGGGGAUUAAGGAUGCAAAUUGCUUCAGAUAUAGCAAGUGGAUUAGAUUAUAUACAUAAUUCAAUAGGAUUAGGGUUAGGGUUUGUACAUAAUCAUAUUAAAAGUAGGAGUAUUAUUGUUACGGAGAAUUCGUUAAAUGCGAAGAUUUGUCAUUUUGGUACGGCUGAGCUUUGUGGGGAGACGAAAGGAUUGCAGGAGGAUCCGGAUAGUGAAAUCGGGCCGGAGAAAAAACCCGAAUUGAAGAAAUGUGGAAGCAAAGGCUUGAAACUUGAAGGUACGAGAGGGUAUAUGGCGCCGGAGUUUCAGUGGACAGGAAUGGCGACGGUGAAGAGUGAUGUGUACGCUUUCGGUGUGGUGGUUUUGGAGUUGAUUUCCGGUAAGGAGGCGGUGAAGUACGAAUUUGAUGAGGAGCGCGGUGGAUAUGUUAAGGUUUCGGUGAUCGAUACGGCGGCAAAAGCGGCAGAGGACGGCGGCGCAGGGUUGAGGGGGUGGGUGGAUAAGCGGUUGAGGGAUUCGUACCCGGUGGAUGUGGCGGAGAAAUUGUUACGGGUCGGGUUGGAAUGUGUGGAGAAUAACCCGAAUAAUAGACCGGAUAUGGGUCGGGUUGCGGGUCGGGUUUCACAAAUGUAUUUGGAAUCAAAGACUUGGGCUGAUAAGUUUGCUCCACUUACUGACUUUACUGUUUCCUUAGGACCUCGUUGAAUAAUUUCUUUUUCUUUUUAUUAUUUUUAUUCUUCUUUAUUCCUUUUUUUUUUUUUCCAAUAGAAAUUUUGGAUAUUAUAUACAUUAACCAUACUUCAAAUUGCAAAUGUAACAGAAUUUUUGGAAAAUGGGUAGUAUAAUGAGUUGAUCUCUUUCUCCUUUUA